ACUGCAACUGCAACUCGUCUGGCACGAGUCUCGAUUGCUUUUAAUUUGCGGAGUUUAGAGUUUUUUGUUUAUUUCAAAAUCAAAGUAUGAGUACAGUUCGAUAAUUUGAUAAAUCGUUUCUAACACUUUUGAAGUGCUUAGUUUGGGUAUGUACCGAUCAUAAAACUAUUGACAUGCCAGCUGUAUGUGGUUCAUGCUUUUAUAAGCAUACCGUUUUGUAGUUUUAUUGCAGUGUUACGUAUUAUACCGCGCCAUUGCGAUCCCUGAGCGACCUCCAGGUCUUUAUUUUCAGCGUGUUUUGCUGUUUUCCGAUUGAUUUGAUAACAUUUCGCUGAAGGUUUCGAGAUUCUUCUGACUGGACUAUUGGUAUUGGAAAAUGAGUUUUGAUAUACGAUGAAAGUGUCAAGAAGGAGAUACCCCUGCAGCGCUUGGGAGUGUUGAUGUUGCCCAUUUCUAGGUAGCGAGAAGAUGCCAGUGCUGCUGGCAGAUGCUUCAACCCUGUUUUAUCCGUUUCGUGCACGCGGUGCCCGCGCAUCGGACACUGCUUGAUAGACAGCCAGAAUGCACAGCAGCAGUUUCUGCGCCAUGCAGAUGCCCCGUAUUGCGCGUGGGGCCGCGGAAAGGUGGAAUCAGGUGACUGGAUGCCUGCCACUGACGCUGCAGCGAUCUCUCAUCACUCUCCAGUCCCCUUCUCAAUGCCUCGCAAUCCCGAACCCCUUCGGUUGCCGUAAAGUGGCCAAAGUGGCUGUACAGAGUCCUUGGAUUGCUCCCACUGCCACGUUACGCAACACACCGUCAUCUCUUGCCGCCGCGGGAUGUCCGCCUUUUGGAUUCCUUUUCGACAUCGACGGAGUGUUCCUGCGCGGGCGCGAUGCACUGCCCGCCGCAGGAGAGGCGCUGCAGCGUUUAUUGGAUUCUCAGGGGCGAUUUCGUGUGCCCACGGUGUUCGUUACCAAUGCGGGAAAUGCGCUGCGGUGGGAGAAAGCCAGUACGCUUUCCAAAUUGUUUAACGUGAAGAUCGAUCCCGACCAAGUGAUCUUGGCUCAUAGCCCUCUGCAGAUGUUUCGUCAGUAUCAGAACAAACACUUUUUGGUCAGUGGACAAGGCCCGGCCGCGGAGAUUGCGGAAAGCGUGGGUUUUACCAACAUUAUCACCAUGGAACAAUUACGAAACCGUUUUCCGAUGCUGGAUAUGGUCGAUAUGCGGCGGAGAGAUGUGCCUAGAACGCGUUUCGAACACGAUUUCCAGAAAAUUGAAGGGAUUUUGCUUUUGGGCGAGCCGGUGAAUUGGGAAACGUCGCUCCAGUUGAUUGUCGAUGUGUUGAUGACAGACGGCCAACCCACUCAUCGUCCGGUUGAAACGCCCAGUCCUCAUCUGCCCAUCUUGGCUUGUAACAUGGAUUUGUUAUGGAUGGCCGAAGCACCGCUGCCGCGGAUUGGCCAUGGAAGUUUUCUGUUGUGUUUGGAAGCGUUAUACCACAAACUGACCGGUGACCACAUUAGCUACAGCGCCCUGGUUGGUAAACCUAGCGAAGCAACGUACCAUCACGCGGAAUAUUGUUUAAGCCUGCAAGCGGCGGCCAUCCUUGGGAUCCGGGACAAGAAGAGCGCUGCUAGAUCCAAAUGCACGAUCUCUCGUAUAUAUGCCAUCGGAGAUAAUCCCGACACGGAUGUUUUUGGUGGAAAUCUGUAUGACAAGUUUCUUCAGCGGCGGCGGACAUUGGGUCGCCAGAGUAAUUAUGGCUCCGACGCGCCGCAUCUAGUGUUACCGGAAGUGGGCGAGGUUGACAUCCAUGCAGCUGUACGCGCCGGUGCCACAUCGGAAAUCGCCAAAAUAGUACAUCAUAAACCUGUAACUCAGGACAUGCAAGAAUCGAUGGAGGAGGUUGAACGUAAUGCGACUGAAGAGGAGCAGUUCGCCGAAACGUGCGUUACCAUUCUGGUGGAAAGUGGUGUAUACAGUGCGGCUCAUGCUGAAUCACAGUCGCAACGGAGCGAAGUCAGUCAUCAGCACCGGGAUUUUCACCAUAAUCAGCUCGGUCUGGAGCACAAGGAGAGCAGCGGAUUGUACCAGCCGAAGUACAUCUGUAAGAAUGUUUUGGAUGCAGUGGAUAAAGUGUUCAGCAUUGAAGGCUUCGGAGCUAACGCCGGACAAGGAUAGCGGACUUGGUCUCCUGUAUUAGGCCGAUCGUCGGUCGGCCAGAUGAAUUCUAGUCCUCAUGGAGUGGAUAGGUGGGAUCCACGGAAAAUCAUGUGCCCGGCUGCGUUCGUAUAGUGUGAUGAGCUAUCAUUGGUCAUGCUGGGUGGGUAACGUUGUAAGCAGUGUUGUCGUUCGCUUCGAAGCAUAAAGGAAAGGAAGAAGCUUCGUGAUUAUCUGAGUCUAAUAGUUCCUUUGAAGUGGUGAUUUCUGUCUGCGUGACACGUAUAGGCGUGAGAUGAGAUUGUUUACAGACUGUAAAAUAUAUUAACAGAGAAUCGGAGAGGCUCUUUACCGGGUUGAAUUGUAGUGGGAAUUGCUGUGAUCUGAAAUCACCUAGUGUCACUUGAGAAAUAAAACUUCGGUUUUCGGUUG